UAAUCCGUGUCUCCGUGAAAAGUUAAUAAUAAAAAAGUGAAAAUGCCUUGUGAAAUGAUUACCUUGCAACUUGGCCAAUGCGGCAAUCAGAUUGGAUUUGAGUUUUGGAAGAAAUUAUGUGCAGAGCAUGGCAUUAGUCCAGAAGGUAUUUUAGAAGAUUAUGCGACAGAAGGAACUGACAGGAAAGAUGUAUUUUUUUAUCAGUCAGAUGAUGAACAUUACAUACCAAGAGCAGUAUUAUUAGAUUUGGAACCUAGAGUAAUUCAUACAAUUAUGAAUUCUCCAUAUUCAAAGUUGUACAAUCCUGAGAAUAUUUAUUUAUCAAAACAUGGAGGUGGUGCUGGAAAUAAUUGGGCAUCUGGUUAUCAUCAGGGAGAGAAACUUCAGGAAGAAAUUUUUGAUAUUUUAGAUAGAGAAGCUGAUGGAAGUGACAGUUUAGAGGGAUUCGUUUUAUGUCAUUCCAUAGCAGGUGGUACAGGUUCAGGUAUGGGCUCUUUUAUGCUAGAAUCUCUUGCGGAUAGAUAUCCGAAAAAGUUGAUAGAAACUUACAGCGUUUUCCCAAAUCAAGAUGAAAUAAGUGAUGUGGUAGUACAACCAUACAAUUCUUUGUUAACACUGAAGAGAUUGACACAAUGUGCUGAUUGCGUUGUUGUUUUAGAUAACACUGCGCUUAACAGAAUAGCAUCAGACAGACUUCAUAUUCAAAAUCCCAGUUUCACACAGAUUAAUCAACUUGUUUCUACUAUAAUGUCUGUUAGCACCACUACACUCCGGUACCCAUCAUAUAUGAACAACGACUUGGUAGGCCUAAUUGCUCCAUUAAUUCCAACACCACGCUUACAUUUUCUCAUGACAGGAUAUACUCCACUUACUACUGAUCAAGAAGGAGCUUCCGUGAGGAAAACGUCAGUUUUGGAUGUCAUGAGGCGUUUGUUGCAACCAAAAAAUAUGAUGGUUUCUACUGCUUUGGAUAGGAAUGCGUCUCAUUGUUACAUAUCUAUUCUAAAUAUUAUCCAGGGUGAAGUAGAUCCGACGCAAGUACAUAAGUCACUACAAAGAAUAAGAGAACGAAAACUCGCACAAUUUAUACCUUGGGGCCCCGCUAGUAUACAAGUAGCUUUAUCAAGAAAGUCCCCUUAUAUACAAAGUACCCACAGAGUGUCUGGUUUAAUGUUAGCAAAUCAUACAAACAUAUCGUCUUUAUUUGAUCGUGCCUUACAACAAUAUGAUAAACUACGAAAACGAGAAGCAUUUUUGGAACAAUUCCGCAAAGAGAAGAUGUUUGAAGACAAUUUGGAUGAGUUAGAUAAUUCUAGGGAGGUCGUCGAAUAUUUAGUAAAAGAAUAUCAGGCCGCUACGCGAGUCGACUACUUGUCUUGGAAUCCGAACAAAGCAGAAUCAUAAAAC